ACCAUGGUUCAACACCGCUUCAUCAUGAUAUCAUUUCCAGCUCAAGGUCACAUCAAUCCCUCCAUCCAACUAGCAAAGCGCCUCAUCCAUACCACUGGUGCGCAUGUCACCUUCCUCACCACCGUCUUUGCCCACCGCCACAUCGACUACGGUUCAACUACUCUAAGUGGCUUGACCGUUGCCCCCUACUCCGAUGGGUACGACGAUGGGACUAAGCCUGAAGACGAUAAGCAGCAUGUCAGUAAUGAGCUAAAGCUUCGCAGUUCGCAAGCGAUUAUGGACCUUGUAGAUUCUGGUGCGAAUGAGGGCCACCCUUACACUUGCAUAGUGUACACUUUACUUCUCACUUGGGUCGCUGAAGUGGCCGCUGAGCUCCACCUCCCAAGCGUUAUGGCUUGGAUUCAGCCUGCCACAGUGUUCGACAUAUACUAUUAUUACUUCAACGGCUAUAAAGAACUCAUCGAGAACAAUAUCAGAGCUGAUAACGAUGACUCUUCCUUUGCAGUAGAAUUACCAGGCCUACCACUAUUGUUGAAGAGCCGCGACCUUCCCUCCUUCCUUCGAGCUUCAAAUCCGUACAGUUCCUUUCUCCCAUUCUUCGAAGAUCAGUUCGAGAAACUUGGGAAACUAAGCAUGCCAAUCAUAUUGGUUAACACGUUCAAUGCUCUAGAACCCGAGGCCUUAAAAGCAAUCGACAAGUACAAAUUGAUGGGAGUCGGGCCUUUAGUGCCGUCAGCUUUCUUGGACGGAAAAGAUUCAUCAGAUAAAACUUUUGGAUGCGAUCUUUUCCAGAAAGCAAAAGGCUCCACCUACAUGGAAUGGCUAAAUACAAAGCCUGAAAGGUCAGUCGUCUACGUCUCAUUUGGGAGCAUUUCCGUGCUGUCCAAGAUUCAGAUGGAGGAACUUGGAAAAGGGUUGUUGGAUUCUGGACGUCCUUUUCUGUGGGUGAUUAGAGAAAACCAAAAGAAUGUUGAAGGUAAGGAAGAAAAAGAAGAGGAACUGAGUUGCAGAGCGGAACUAGAAGAGCUUGGGAUGAUAGUCCCGUGGUGUAGCCAACUGGAGGUGCUUUCAAAUCCUUCGUUAGGGUGUUUUGUGACACAUUGUGGCUGGAACUCAAGCUUGGAGAGUUUGAUUUCUGGGGUACCAGUGGUGACGUUACCUCAGUGGACAGACCAAUGCACUAACGCAAAAUUGAUAGAGGAAACGUGGAAGACAGGAGUUAGGGUAGCACCGAAUGAGGGGGGUGUUGUUGUGGGUGAGGAGCUGAAGAAGUGUAUAGAUUUGGUGAUGGGAAAUGAAGAGUUGAGAAGGAAUGCUGAGAAAUGGAAGGAGUUGGCGAGAGAGGCUGUGAGUGAAGGGGGUUCAUCUGACAACAAUCUGAAGGCAUUUCUGGAGGAGAUUGAAGAUGGCGCGCUUAUGCUAGGCUAG